UUUAAAUAAUUGAUAACGAAAUAUCAAAGAGUAUUUGUAAUCGCUGACUCGAUACGUGAAUCAUUUAAAGAAAAAACAACGAAUACUCCAAUAAACAAAAAUCAAAAAUAUUCCAUUUGAUAAAAAAAAAUAUAGUAUUUAAAUUGUUACGAUUAACAUAUUUUUUUCUUCGAGUGACACAUUAAUUUCUACGAUAAUGUAAAAGUUUCAACCUCAAGAAUCGUUAUCUAAAAAAUCGAAAAGUUUGAUAAAAGUGGAAAAAGUUUAUCUGUAUUUAUACUGUUAUUGAUUUUCUCGCUAAUCUAAUCUAUUAACUAUAUCGCGCGACGUAAAUUCAACCUCAUAUCACGUUUCAUUUCUUCAAGUCUUCAUCUUCAGUCAAAUACAACUAAAUCACUGAAUGAAUAACACUGAAUGAAGAAUAGAGAAAGAGAGAGAGAGAGAGAGAGAGAGAGAGUGAGAGAAAUUAUAAUGUUCCUAGAAAAUACGUGUGCAUCAUAGACAGCGUGAAAGCGUGGAUAGGAUAGAGUUUUCACAAAUGAUCGUGCUCAGUGACGGUGAACAGAUAGAGGACAAAUAGGAGAAACAGAAGGGAGGAGCAGAGGGCCAGCCAAGUUUGCCAAUUUCGCGGUGCGAUUGAACCCGGGCGGAUGUGCUCGGCAAGACGUGAAUAAUUGUAUAAACUUGUUUCGCGAGAAAACUUCAUGCAGGUUGGUACAAUAUUCGUCGCACAAAUAUAGAACACAAUUUUCCACGUUGUAACAUUUCACAAUUAGUGUCACGCGUACACGGGGAUUGUCGGCAUUCACGUCGUCGAGGAAUCUUCGAGACGGCGAUCAGGAGCGACACAUUGAUGCAACGACGAUCGAUCCGUGGACCAAGUGACGAGGCACCGACGCGCCGCCAAGGAAAUCUCCACAGACAACAUUUCCUUGGCAAAGUGACGCUCAAGGCGGUCACGGAUUUCUCGCUCCUAUCUAAAUUAAGGAAAUCCUCGGGAUGGAGCUAAGAACGGCGAAACUGUUACUUUACUCGACUCUAAUGGUGGUGGUGUGUUGGAGCCAGGAAUAUUGGACGGCUCAGUGUGCAUCCUCGUGCAAGUGCAGAUGGAUCUCCGGGAAGAAGGCCGCCGAGUGCAUCCGGCAGAAUCUCUCUCAGAUACCUGUCGGCCUAUCGCCCGAGAUCCAGAAUUUCGAUCUGACCGGGAAUCGUAUCACGUACCUGAUGCACGAGUCGUUCAGCCGGGUGCAUCUGGUCAAUCUUCAGAAGCUGGUGCUACGAAAAUGCGAGAUCGAGUUGAUCCACACGGACGCGUUCAACGGUCUGAAGAUCGUGAUCGAGAUCGAUCUGUCGGCGAACAACAUUGGAACAUUGUACCCGGGCACGUUCGAGGAGACUCAACGGCUCAGGGUGUUGCUGUUGAACGACAACAAGCUGAAGGUAUUGGAGAACGGUCUGUUCCACAAUCUCAAGUAUCUGCAGAAGGUUGAGUUGUCGAACAACGAGCUUGAAAGGAUAGACGACAAGACGUUUCGCAAUCUGCCCGAGUUACGCUCGUUGACCCUGGACGCGAACAAUCUGAGCGCGUUGAAGGUGCAGAGCUUCGACACGUUGCCCAAACUUGGCAGCCUCGAGCUCCACAACAAUCCGUGGAAUUGCAACUGCCGUUUGAAGAGGUUUCGCGAUUGGACUAUAGAAAAGAAACUGUACACGAAACCUACAACGUGCCAGCAGCCGGAGAGCUUGGCAGGGAAGAUGUGGGACGAGAUCAGCAGCGACGAGUUCGCUUGCAGGCCGGAGAUAUUCACGAUCGGGCCGUCGGUGAAGGUCGAGGUCGGCAAGGGGAACGUCACCUUUUGGUGCAGGGCCUCCGGGAUCCCGCGGCCGCAGCUAUCUUGGGUCCAUCGGUCGCGAGUAAUAAACAAUCACACGAGAAGGCACAACGGCGAGAAAAUCUACAUCCUGAAAUCUAACCACGAGUGGCUGAACCUCACGAUACCGGACGUUGCACACUCGGACAAGGGUGAUUACGUCUGUCUGGCGAAAAGUCCGGGCGGAAAUACGGAGAAGAACGUGACCCUGACGAUCGCAGGCGACGCCCUAGGCGGCAAGGACAACAUAAUCAGUCUGCCCCUCGCCCUCGGCUUAGGCGUGACCGCGUUACUGCUUCUGAUCGUCACCGUGACCCUUUGCGUGUGCUACUGCCGUCGCCGUCGUAUCAGGCACGACGAGAAGAGCCUAGAGGCCGCCUCGAUGGAGCACCACGGCCUGGGCGAACAGGAGAAGUCCCUCAUCACGACCAUAAAUCCCGUGGUGAAGCCACCCAGGCGGUACGAGGCGCCUUCGGUGACGUCGCACGGCACCGAGAUGACGGAGCUGAAUCGUACAUUGCUCGACAACGACUCGGUCUUCGCUGAUGGUAUCGGUGGCGGUGUCGGCAGCGGGGUGAUCGGCGGCGUCGGCGACGACGAGAGGGAAGAACGAGCGACGCCAGAGCUCGAGAGCGGGACAGGCACCUUAUGCCGCGGAGGAGGCGGAAGCUAUCGCCAGUAUCCGCCGGAUUUGUUGGCCUUCUCCGGGGGCCGGGGCGCAUCGCCGACUAGCCAGGCGUCCACGGCGCCGGACAACACGCGUCUUCCGAGUCAGCACGCGACGCCCACCACGGCCGCGUUCGGCUCUCCCUCGAACCAAUAUCCGGCCGCGUUCAAGACCUUGCCUCACAACCGUAGCGUCACCCCGUACGGAAUCACGAGCUCGACGAUCGCGCCCGUGAUGCCCCGCCACGGCUACGUGACGAUACCGAGGAGACCAAGAGCGCCCAGUUGGAGCAGCGGGCCCCCCACCUCGCCCACGGACGGAUUGGAGCCGGUUUACGACAAUCUGGGGCUUAGGACAACCGCGGACGGUAGUUCGGUGCUGUCGUUGAACAAGAGCCCUGAACCACUGUCCACGAUGAGGAAUAGGCCUCUGCCUGGAACCCCGGGCUCCCAUUACGGUACCAUACAACGAAGCACACCGAACAUAUUGACAAGCAGCCCGCUCGACAGAUCAGCGCCCGAGGGCGCGGCUGAAUGGCCGUCGAAGAUCGCCGACGAGUCGACGGACAGCACGAAUCAACUUCUUGGACAACAGGCGCAGCAGCAGCAGCAACAGCAACAGCAACAGCAGCAGCAGCAACAGCAGUCGGGCAGUAGUAACACGCUUAAUAGAAAAGUGCCACCGAGACCACCACCGAAACCCAAGAAGAAGUCGACCAACGGGCCUCUUUACGAGGACGAGGGUGAGGACGGUACGGAAGUAUGAUCGAUGUACGUCGGCCGGCGAAGAUGAGGCCGCGAGGUCGUGGCCGUGGUGAGCACAAGAGACGCAUGACCGAAGCCACAAUAAACCGGUAGUGCCUUUCGAGAAACGAGUUGACGAUCCCCGCGCCCGGAGGGAUGUCGAGGAUCGUCGAUCAUACGGUUGGAGCGCGUUCGGAGGUUCGGCCGGCAAAUGUGCUGACGAACGAGCGUGCGAGGGCUUCCAACAUCCGGUGAGGAGGAAUGAGAGGGAUCGUCGGGUAGAUCCGCCGACUCGCCGGAACAUAGCGGCGAAACAUCUCGGGCGAGACGCCUUUUGCCGGUCGUUCUUUCUUUGCUCGUCGUGUUCCCUCUGUCUCUCUCUCUCUCUCUCUCUCUCUCUCUCUUCAUGUAUUCUUUUUUAUUUAUUUUAUCGCAGGGUUUUUUCGCACGCUUGUUAUUACGUACGCGUAUAUGUGGCUCGUGAGAUCGAUAUAUUUAAAAUAAUAAUUAUCUGAACGCGGUGGAUAAUAAGAGCGAGGGGAAAAUUGACUACUUGUUCUUCUGGAUCGUCAUUUUUAGGGGAAUUUGUUUUCGAUUGAUUGAAACAAUCUCGAUGGAUGGACGAUCGUUACGUGAAGAUUCGUGGUUGGUCUCGAUUUGAGGAGAGAAAUAGUGUAGAGAUAAUAGUCUUGUGCCCGUUGGAUGAACGUUUAUUAGACGGUUCGUGUGUAAAGUACACAACGUAACGAGAUAAUUAGCAUUAAGGAUAACGUGAAGAGACGUUCGUCUUAUUUAUUGACGUGCUUGUUGCAUGCCAAAUGGAGGAUCACAUAUUCGAGCCACAUUCACAUCGUGUGAACGAUGCAUUAUUUUAUACUAUGUCGAGAUGAUCAUGCGAUUAAUACCUCUUAAUUUUUAUUUCUCCUUUUUUCUUUCUCUCCCUUUUUUUUUAUUUAAACUUUGUACACCCGCCGACGUGCCUGCGUCAGGCAUUUUUACACGGUAUUUCGAAUUUAUUAGCGUUAUUUUAUUAUUAUCUCUCCAGGGGAGUGCAAAGCGAUGCUUUAGCUGGCUGCUAUUGUUAGAUUUAAGGUUAUACUUGUUUUUUUUUUUUCUAUAUUUUUUUUUUAAUUUUAUAUUACGCAUUGGUACUUGAUCCGCAUCGAGCGGAUAUCCGUUUUAACAUGUCCGUUUUAAUAUGUAAAUCGGAAUCAAGAGUAAACAGAGAGACAGGAAACCAAACACGUAUGGUUUCGUAUUGUGUAAUAAGAUCAAUGAUGACGAAGAUGUUAAAAAGUGACUUGUUUAUAAUAACAAAAAUAUAUAAAUCUUCCGACUAUAUUCGCUCUUAAUGAUAAAAUGAUCACUCAGAUGUUCCAAAUAAAUCUGAGCGUUUAAUCUGAGGUCGGUAAAUCGGUAUAAUUCGAUCGGUUCCAUAGAUUUUCGUCUCUUCGAUCCGUGAGCCACGACAGCAUCCUUAAUUUUCGUCGCGGGUGUCAAACGAUAUCGCGGCCGAAACUCGUAUUUUAUCGUGUUAAAACCCUCUCCGAAAGCACAGUACUCAAAAAUAUUUUAAUAUUUGCGCGAGGCCGUAUUACUUCAUCUUCACAAAGAUGGAUCUCAGCAUUGAGCGCGUUGGCGAAUCGCCGAAUACGUGUUGUAAAAAAGGAUCAUCGUACAUCUUGUACAUAAAAUGUAUAUUGUACUACUUAAGAGAUUAGUCUGUCUUCUGAUUCGUUCGAUUCGAAUACGCUUUUGCGGAAUCGUACGUAAAAAAAAAGAAACACACACACACACAUACACACACACAAUGCACGAAAGAAACGUGUGGCGAUACAUAGAGGCGAGGCACGUCUAUCUUCGAGUUAGGGAUACAACAAAGUGAUAGACAUACAACCAACUUAGACCUUUUAAUUAAUUAAGAAAAAAACGCUGUCGUAUACGCGAUUCCGUGAAAAUUGCAAAUGCGAAAUUCACACUUGCAAUUGAAACGAUUAAAUUUAAAGACUCGUAUAGGAACUUAUUAAGAAACGUUAGAGUUGUGUGGAAUCAUGAUUUAUAAAUUUCGGAACGGGAUCGAAAAGAUUUGGACAAGAUAACAGUUGCAUUGAUUCCGAAUUUUCGCCAAUAAUCGGAUAAUCGAUCGGCUCGAUAAUUUUAGCCAAUCGAAUCGAUCUAAAGUAUAUACUGCCAUAUAUGCUUAUAACCCCCGAACCAUAUAUCUGAUCCAGCUUUGACUCGAUCUCGAUCCCGAAAUCGUUCUCCGAACUCCGAAACUCCAAACAAGGAUUCCACAAACCUCUCAAACGAAAGGCUACGCGUUCAAAGCGAUCGAUCGUGAAAUUUCUUUUCUCCCGUGAAACACGCGGCUCAAUCUUCCUUUUCAUCGAUCUUCGAUAACUCGGAUUACGUUCUCCGGAUAGGUUCUCCACGUUUACGGGGCAACUCUCGCGAUAGUUCCCGAGGCCAUCGAUCUCCCAUACGUCGAACGAAACCGGUUGACCGAAAGGCAAACAAUUUUUAACCGACUCAGUUUCCUUAAUGGCCCCCUCGAAUACGAGGGAAAAAGAGAUCGUUCUUGGAGUAAACAUUUAUAAGCCACGCGAACUUGUUAUACUUUCGAUAACGCCUUAUCCGGUUCUUAACGUUGCUUUCCACGACUUUAUCGACAAGGGAGGGGGAUUUAAAGAUCGAUCGUUCGCGCAACUUGUUGCGAGCACGAUGUAAUACCGAUUCCGACGGUAAUUCUGUCGGUUCAAGAGGAAGAGUAAUUUUCAACGAUUUUAUAUAUAAUAUUUCUAACGAACGGAUACUUAAUAAUACUUUCUUUCGAUCGAACGUUCGAACGCACAAAGGGACGCCGACACGAACAAUUGAAACAUAUUUCUUUAUUUCUUUCCAGUGAAAUAUCCGUUUAAUUUCCAAAGUUAAAACGCAACGUUUAAUGCAUAAGGGAUUUUGCUUUUGAAUUUUUCAUUAUUGGAUUUUUCUUAUCCGAAAGCGAUCUCUUAAUUAUUUUAAGCAGCACGGUUUGCGCAGGAUAAUCUGAAUUUGCUCGUUAAAAGCACAGGAUAUGUCACGUAAUUGAAGGGAUUUGAACGUUCUGUUUGCUUGAAAAUAGGACAAAUGGAAGAGGAAAACGUUGAGUGGUAUAAAUUUUAUCCUGCCUUUUACUCGAAAAGGGAAUACGCGUUCUUUUUUUUUUUUUUUUUUUUUUUUUUGAGCACGGAUAAAAAUAAUACUUUUUCAAAAUAUUUCAAAAAAUACAAAUUUUUCUACCAUUAUAUAAUGAUCGAAGACUGGACGUAAAAUAGGCUGCCUAAAGAUUAAUUUUAAGGGAACAAUCUAUUAAAAUUUGAGAUUUUUUAUUUUAAUAAUUUAAAGUUUUAUUGAUUAACAAAAAAGGAAACAUAAACAUUAUCACACCUCUUUUUUAUUGUUUUAUCUAUUUUCAAUCAAAUAGAAAUAAUGGAUUUCUUGUAUCUAUUUUGAAAUAAGGAAUCUUUUCAUAGAUAAGAACUAUAUACUGACAUCGAUUUAUAAAUUUCGAUGGACAGAUCCAUGUUGGUGGAUGAAAUAUCUUCCCCGAAAAUUGCAACGCACCUAAACAGUAUUACGAAAUAAAUCUGGAGGACGAUGACGCGAUGUCGAUGGGACAGCGCGGAGAAAAUCACGGCGCGAUCGUGUAACUUCGUUUCCUCGGCUACGUUUUGACAAAUAAUCGAUCAUUUUGCAAAUAUAAAUAAAGUAAAAAAAUAAAAAAAGAGAAUAAAAUUAAAAUUAAAAAAAAAAAAAAAAUAGGUGCCAAUGUACAGUUAUCUCCUAGUAAACGUUUUGAAAGCAAGAGAAUUUAAGAGACGAAUAAUUCUUUUUAAGAGGAAAAUUUAACGGAGAAUAAAACGUGCGCGUGUGUACACCUACGAUAUUAUAUAUAUAUCGCGGGAUAAUAAAUAUUUCAAUUCAUCGUAGAUAAUUAAUCGAAGAAGAGAUCCAUCUAUCUCUAUUCUUUGUAAUUUCAAAUUAUUUUCACUACCUGUCUCGAAAUCAUCAAAGUUAUCUACGAAUCGAUGAAAUCUAAUUUCACAUUAUCCUCCGUAACAAUUUUCACAAAUUUCACUCUAUUUUACAUAGAAUUAAAAAUUCGUUGAAACUUCUCAGAUUUGCCACGCAACAUUAGAAUUAUUCUUAGACGAGUUUGAAAAUCCUCCCCUCGGAUAACGUUUCUAAUAAAGGGAUACGUACGAAAGAAACGUACGAAAUGAACGAAUCAUCCCGAAAUCCUGAUUCGCACAAAGAAAGCCGCGAAGCUCUUAUCGCCGGAAGCGAGGUUACACGAGUAUCGUCGUGAUAUAUUUUAAGCGGCCUAGCAGAGUCGCGGUUCGUCCGAUCCAAUCGUUCUGCCGCGCCCUGUAAAUACACACACAGACACACACACACACACGGACCUUAAUUGCACGCUAAUUCACGACGUUGUUUAUAUGUAAAUGUGGGCACGUUCGAAACAAGCGCGGCAGCGAUCGGUUGGUACGGCGCCACGAGUAUAUUUUUGUAAUUUUGUAUUUUGACGUGUUCUCCGUAUAUCGCUUCGACGCCCACGAUUAUCGCGCCGGGGAAGAUACUUUCGUCCCACGUUCCCAAGGAAUUAAAACCAAGAUCCGUCACCAGACGGUUUCGGGGCACCGGAAAAACGAGCGGUGAAAUAAUAACGGGGCGGUCGUCCGAUUUCUUCACGAUUCGUCGCCACCAUCUCCUCUCCUCACGUCGUUUAAAUUUCCCCGUCGCGUAUGUGCACGUUCUCGAUUCAACUUGAUGUCGAGAUUACGCACGACAUAUGGAUUCGAGUGGGAAACAUUUCGUCAAGGGUUGUUUCUCUUUUCUUCUUUCAUCAUUCGAAUCAUUUAAUGAAAACCAUUUAAUAAUAAUGAUAUCCCAUAAAUCCGAUAAAUCCACUUCUAAAACCAAGUUAAAUAAAAUAGAAUCAAAAUAUUAUAUGAAUUAUUUAUAAAAUCAUUUAUUCGUCCGAUAAAAUAAAAAUAUUCUUCGUAAAUAUAAUCCUUUAAUUUUUCAGAGACGUUUAAUUACGCGUCAUUGAAGGUUCGCAUAACAAUAAAAAAUAAAAACUCGUUCACCCAAAGAUAAAAGUAAACGGAAACAAAACACCUUCACCCAUCGUUGACAUGAGAUUUAUUUCCCCGUUCGCGCGAACACCUCCAAUCCUCCAAUCGCCCCGUCUCUCCCCAUCCAAGUAACGAGCGUAUACGCGAAAAUAGAACGUGUCGUACGAUCCCCUCAAUUAUAUGGGAGGGGGGAGAGAAGUCGAUCCCCCCGUACGUACUAUUAGCCGUGGCGUGUUUACCAGGGAUGCGCAUGACGAGGCAGCGUCACUCGCCGUGUGCAAUUAUUAUGCCGAGGAUACUUUGUGCGCGCAGUUAGGCUGUUCGCAUUAAUGAGCGAAACCAUCCCUUUGACUGGGGAUGGAAACUUGCUGCAAUAACACGGUUUACCUGCGUCACCCUCCUCCACCCACAUCCCCUUCGAGACGACACAUCCCUCCUCCGAUAGUUUUUUUUUUUUUUUUUUUCCAAUCGAUAGAGGCAGGCAUCUGUGUACAACUUGAUGCCUCGUCAACGUCUUGUCUCUCUAACGACUCUGCGUAUCUACUGUGCCAGGUAUAUAUCCGCUUGAAGUCAUUACAACCGGGACAGGGGAAUUAAACUCCGGGGAAAGGGGAGAUAGAUACGGGGGAAGGCGCGCGGGUGGGGGAUGUAAAAAAAGGAUGGUGUCUAAAGUCCGUGUAAUUGCGAACGCGGUCUCGGCAACGGUGUAUUUUUAAUGAGGCGCACGCGAGAUUUUUCUCUCGUUCGGAAGAGAAAACGAGAAACGAUCCGAAUCGAGCGAGGUGGAACGCGCGCGCGAUCCCGCGGGAUGAAAAGACAGCUUCAUCGCGACAAUCGACCAAAUUUAAUGGGGGGAAGGUGAAAGGACGAAAGGUACCGCCACCUUGUUACUUGGGUUUUCUCGUUCAAUUAUGGAAUUAUCGAGGGGUCUAUGAGGAGAGGGAGGGGGGAAGGGGGGUGGGGAUUCGCGUAACGAACCCUCUGUUCCUCGUUUCGCGUUUAUCGGUGUUAUCGGUGUACCACAGUCGAUUAGACGAGAGCUAGCUUUACGUUUUUUAAUUGGCAGAUAAAGUUUGCACCGCACGUUCGCCCGAUGUGGAAAUAUUAUCGAUUCGAUCGAUUGUUUGCGAUAUAUAUUGCGUUCAGCUCGACGAUCAUCAUCCCGUGGGAAGAAAGGAACAAGGGUGAACAAGAGCAUGAUACACGAUUUAAUGUGAGAUUGGUUUAGAAGUUAUUGUACUAUCCGCGACCCUUGUCUAAAAACGGGUAUUUUAGUGGAAGUGAAUUUCUAUGGGCACAAUUGUAGUAUCGUUUUCCGAUAAAUAUAGACGAUUUCCAUGAUUUUUUUUUUUUUAGUAAUUUAUAGGCACAUUUUGUAAAUUGACGUUGAUGUUUUUUUUCUUAUUCAUCUUCGAUAAUUCUUGACAAAUUUUGAUACACUUUGGGGGAAAGAUAAUCUAUUUUGUUGUAUUAUACAUUAAUCGAUCGUUUCUUUCGUCGAAAAAUCGACCAGUUCUAUUCCCCGUCUCAUGCUGCCGGAAAAGAAACUUUUAUUAAUAGAAAGAAAUAUUAAGAAAUAUUAUUGGAUUAUUUUGUUACAUAGGUAUACUUAAAAAUCUCGUAGCUUUUUGAUCCAUCUCAUUUUCAAAGCUUCGCAGUAACACAUUGUUAUUGUUUCCAUCUAUCUAAAAAAAAAAAAAAAAAGGAAAAAAAAUUAAACCGAUUUUUAAUCAACGAUUGCGAAUAAUCUUAUUUCUAUUAUCGAAGUAUUAACGCGAAAUUCUUGAUCUGCAAUCUGCGUCUGUAAAGAUGCAGACGAGUAUACCGUCCGAUUUACAAAUCCGACCAUACUUGGAGAUUAAAUGCAUAAUUUGAUAAAAUUUAAUUUCACGAGAGGUACGAAAGCAUCUGAAUGGGAAUGACUGGAUCAAAAUGUAUUAGAUACCUCGAGACAAUUUCAAAUCGAUCGUUUUUAUGAAAGAUUUUUAUAAUUUUUAUAAUAUUUAUCUGCUAUAAAAUAAAAAUAAAAAAUAAUUUCGAUUAAAAUAAUUUCUUUGAUUUCGAAAAUACGAUUAUUG